AAUUAUUAUCUCCAGCAAUGCGAAAAAAAAUUAUUGACCUAUCUACAAAAAAAUAAAUGGGCUGAAUCACUUGAAUAUAUGCAGUGUAGAAUUGAAGAUAUAAUUAUUCCGGAUGGACAUAAUUCUGAUCAUAUAACAAAAUUUGAAGGAGGACAUAAGGAUGUACUAAUAUUUAUAAAAUAUAAAAAUAAAUGGGUUACUGAAACAGGACAUGUUGUUGUUAUUGAUGAUAGAAAACCUGAUUACCUUCUUUGUUUAGGAACGCCAUGGAUUUGA